CCGGGUUGUGGCGUGAAUCGCAAAUCUUUGGACUUUUGAAGUUAAUUCAAUCUAAAAUAAACAACUUUCAUCACAAUUCCCAGUGUACACAGAAGUCUAGUUUUGAACAGUGCCCAAAUAAAACAGUAAGAAUAAGUUAUUUAACGCCAAUCUGUCCUAGUUUCCUAACUUGUCAACCUGAUAAAAAACAACAGUUUUUGGUGAUGCUGCCUUGAUCUACAGAUAAUAUGUAUUCAGGUUGCCUAUGUGGAGGCACGGACCCUGACCCAGUUCUCCUCGAUGCAAUAGUCCAUUAUUAAGUCAGUGGAGAUAAAGUUACACAGACCAAACAAAGAAAUCUCAUUUCAAGUGGGCGUGGGCAGAGAACAGGUGAAUGAGGAAGGAAACCUCCAACCGGAAGAUGUUGGAUACAGGUAGAUUGUGUUGCUGUUAACGAAAACAAGCAGGCAAAGGAAGAUGCCAGACAUGGGAAGACAGCAUCAGAGGAGUGAUGUGUCCACAGAGUACAGGAGCAGGGAUUACUCAGACAGGGGACAGCACUCUCAGUAUGAUAACCAGAGACACAGCCAAAACCCAAGAGAGGUGGAGGAGCGAAUCAGCAGUGACAGAACAACCAGAGAGAACAGAAAGAGAGAAGUGACAAGUCCUCCUUUUCACAAGGGGGCAGCUGCAUACAUAGAUCAUAUAGGUCCCUCAACACUGCCCAGAGAAACAUCAUUGUAUCACCCUGAGGUUUGUGAACAACAGCACAGACAAGCUCUGUACAAUUUAAGAUACGCCCUAACUGCUAGAGGUAUCUGCCAGCUCAAGGAGAUCUUUGUGAAUCUUCUUAUCAUAAUCUGUGCCGGAGUGCCAUACAGCAACAACGGGGGUUACCGCGACCUGGCCAGCCUCGGAGGAAUUUACUAUUAUCAAUUUGGAGGCGCCAACGCCUUCACUGGAGCUGAUGCAGACAGGGUCAAGGAGCUGGACCGCCUCUUCCACCAGCUCAAGCGGCCUCCAUAUGCCUUUGCUAUGGCCUGUGGUGGGAUUUUGAUGAUAUAUGCCUUUGUCAUGUUUGCCCUGGGGGUCUUCAGGGUCCCUUACCGCUGGCCCCCUGUGCUGCUUGGGGAGGCUCUUGUAAAUUUUCUGAUCGGCUUGGGUUACAUCCCUGGGCUGGUGUUCUACUUUAUUAAAAUACAAGAAACCUACCAAAACCCCAUCUGUCUGGAGAGAGAGCAAAUGUACAAGAGCAAAGGACACAAGGGCUUUGAGUGCAGCCUCAAUGGUGCAGAUAUCGCAGAAGGGCUGUUUGGGGUGGCGGGGAUCUUUGUUUUCAUCUUUGGAGGGGUGUUAACAGUGAGAGCCUUUAGAUCCGUUCGAGAGCUGAAGAAGGAAAGAACAAACGAGGACAACCAUUUGUAAAUUAGCUUUUUUUGAUCACAUUAGAGCAAAGGUUAAACAGAUUGUAAGGGAUUCAAGUCUUUUUCUAUGUUUCCUGUGUAUGUUUUAAUGCUAAAAUCUUUAAUGCAAGUUAGAAUACAUUUUUAUUCUUUACACUUCUUACUUUUACUUUUGGAUUGAGCAUCACAUUUUGUAAAUGUAAUAAUAAACAGCCUAAACUGUAUAUAAGGUUUUACUAUAUGGCAAAUAAAAACAGAUAAUUGAAUAA